AUGAGACCUUCUUUAAAAUCUGAAUCAAUAGUCUAACCUGCUAACUUUCCAAAGAUUCCCUAGCAGUAAUACUUAUAAAAAACAUCAAGCAAAUAGCAUAUUUAGUCAAGUCCAGUAGUUAAUAGCAUAGAGUAGAACCAUGCAAUAAAACCUUUAAAUAUAGCAAGUAAUCCAGCUGUGCUUUAUUAAAUGCAUUCUCCUACUUAAUUGAAGCAAAAUUAAAUUUAAUUUGGAUAUAAUUUCUAAAUAGCCAGCCCUUAGUAGCAAUUUAAGCAAGCUCCUUUUACCUUCAACUAACCAGCAACAGUACAAUAAUUUCUCUCACCUCCUUAGCAAUUUUAAACUGAAAGAGCUACUCGUGUUCAUACAUAACCAACUAAAAACUAAAUAAAAAAUGAUAACUUUUAAUAAAUUGAUUAGGUUUCUCCUACUAAAUAAAAUUUAACCACUCUUAGUAGUAAUGAGUAGAAUUAGUAAACUUAUUAUUACUAAAAUAUGAGCAACCAAAAGAAUAAUUUGAGUGCUUAAAUUUUAAACACUACAAAUUCUAAUUAUUCUCCUUAAAAGUAACAAUAGCAGAAUCAACAAUAAUAAUAGCAACAAUAGCUUUUUUAAAAUACAAUAAUCAAAUAAUCUCCUAAAACGAAUGCCUAACUUACAACAUAAAUUUUAAUUAAAAAUAAUUCUUAAUAUUAAACACAACAACAGCAACAAUAAACUUUCUAAAAAUAAUAAAUGAUUUAGCAGUAAGUUAAACAACCUCAAAUAUCUGCUUAAAAUUUCAAUAUACAAGAAUCUCAAUAAUAAGAAGUUGAUGCUAAAAUGAAUACAAUGGACUAAAAAAUAAACUUGUUAGUUUAAGAAAUUAACUCUCUCUAAAUUCUAAUAGUAAAAAAAAAUAAAGAAGCUAAGUAUUGGAAGCAAAAGUACGAAGCUAUCGAUUAAAACAUGGCUUCUUUUUUAAGCGAUGAAGAAAAAGGAGAAAAUUUAACACCAAGAAGAUUGUAGAGGAAUACUGACUCGGUGAUUGAAGAAGAAAAGGAUAUAGAAAAUAGUGAGGACUAUCAUAAAAGAGACUAAUAUAUUAGUUAGUUAAAAAAUAAAAUAAAAGAUUUAAACUAGCAACUAUUUGAUAAAGAUCUUUAUUAUAAAGAGCAGCUAGAUACGAUUACAAAAAUUAUAAAAUAAAAAGAUGAAUAUUUGUAAUAGUAUAUUUCUCUCAAUUAAGAAUUAUUAGAUAAGAUAGAAGUGUUGAGUUAAUAAUAGACUCAGUUUUAGUAAGUGAAAGAAGAUAAUGAAUAACUUUUUAUAGAUUUAUAAAAUAAAUAAGAAAUGAUUGAUAGACUCUAAAAAUAAUUAAAUAUUGAUGACAGGACAUCUCUAUACAAUUCAUAAUGUAAAAAUUUUGAUGAAGAUUUAACAUAAGGCUUGGUCAGCAAGCUUAAAUAAGAAUGUACUAUACUUUAAUCAGAUUAUUAAAUUUUGUAGAGUUAAUAUAAAUCUCUGAAAGCAGAAAAUGAAAACUUGCAAGCAAGAGUGAAUACCCUCUAAUUCGCAUAGACUAAAGGUACAUUCUUUUCUAAUGACUCUCCAAGCGUUUAUGAUAAGCUUGUAUUUGAUAGAAGCACCGAAAUUAAAAAGCUUUAAUAAUAAUUAAGUUAAUAUGCCACAGUAGUGUAAGAAAUUCAAAAUGAAGAAGACUUAUAGGAAAGUUAGGGAUUAUAAAAUUAGUCUAAUAAAUAAAAUCUAGCAGAUAGCUACCAUUCCUCUCAAAGUAAUAGAGAUAGCUAAAUGAAGCAGCAAUAAAUAUUAUUAUCAGAUUUUGCAAGUUAAAGAAACUAUUCUCAUCUAUCUAACAAUAUAUUUGCUGCUUCUUCAUAUAAUAAUAGUCCUUAAAAAGACCCAAUUUUGCACCAAGAAUCCAUAUGA